UCGCCUGGGCUGCAGGUCCAUCCGGGUCCGAUGCAGCACGCGCCACCCCACCCUUCGUCUCCAGUCUCCACUCGACCACUCCUACCUCCGCUUUCCUCCCCCCUCCGUUUCUUGACCCAUGCAUGCCCGCGUUCUCCGCCGCCGACGUGCCAUAAACACGCUUGGUUGGAAUUGGAUCACCUGUAAUCGUGCUUGCCACCUAUAAAUGCCUUCCAUAAACCGGCUAUGCUCAGCCCUAUAAGUAUAUUAUACUGUAAUAAUGACGGUAGCUCACAGCAAUUCACUUCCCCAUUUGCGCCAAAUUUCCUCCUCGUCGUUCCUUCAUCACCCCUCCUGGCCUGACCGCCUGAGCUGAGCCAGAGGCCUCGGUCGGCCGCAAGGCCGACGAUGCCGCCGCCGUACAUGCUUCUGCUCUUCGUCCCGGCCGUCUUCGUCUUCUUCCUGGAGCCGCGCCUCGUCCCGCCCCGCACGCUCCCGGCGAUCCCGGACGCCGACGAGGCGGAGGACCUGGCGCUGUUCCGCCGCGCCGUGCUCCUCUCCUCCUCCUCCUCCUCCUCCGCCCACCGGCAAACGAAGCAGAAGGUGGCGUUCCUGUUCCUGACCAACUCGGGCCUCGCCUUCGCGCCGCUCUGGGAGAAGUACUUCGCGGGGAACCACGGCCUGCUCAACAUCUACGUCCACGCGGACCCAUCCACCCCGCUCAGCCUCCCGCCCUCCGCGCGCUCCUUCCACGGCCGCGUGGUGCGGGGCAGCAAGGCCACGCAGCGGGCCUCCGCCACGCUCAUCUCCGCCGCGCGCCGCCUCAUCGCCGCCGCGCUGCUCGACGACCCGGCCAACCGCUUCUUCGCGCUGCUAUCCCAGUCCUGCGUCCCGCUACGCCCUUUUCCCGCCCUCCACCGCGCGCUCGCCGCCGACCCCAAUCACCGCAGCUUCAUCGAGGUCCUCGGCGCCGCGCCCACGCUGCGCGACCGGUACAGCGCGCGCGGCGACGGCGCCAUGGUCCCCGAGGUUCCGUUCGAGAGCUUCCGCGUCGGGUCCCAGUUCUUCGUGCUCGCCAGACGGCACGCCGUGGCGGUGGUCGGGGACAGGCGGCUGUGGGGCAAGUUCCGGCUGCCCUGCCUCGUCGAGAGGCGGCGCUCGUGCUACCCGGAGGAGCACUACUUCCCGACGCUGCUGGACAUGCUGGACCCCGCCGGGUGCGCCGGGUUCUCGCUCACCAGCGUCAACUGGACCGGCUCCUUCGACGGCCACCCGCGCACGUACCGGCCGGAGGAGGUGUCCGCCGACCUCAUCAGGGACCUCAGGAGGCCGAAGUCCAACGGCACGUACUCACACAUGUUCGCGCGCAAGUUCGCGCCUGGGUGCCUCGCGCCGCUCAUGGAGAUCGCCGACUCUGUCAUCCUCCGUGACUAGCUAGCUACCUACUAGGCUACUAGGCCGCUUGCUUCCGUUUGCAUUGCACGACUGCGGCAGAGGUAAAUAAUAAUGUUUAUUUUCUCUUCCAA